AUGGCACCAGAUCAUGUUCCAGAGCAUCUGGAAUGGUGGGGCGAUCACCUCAAAGAUCAGACCAUUUCACCUUUGACAAGAGACUACCCUGAAGCAGCUUCUGACAAUUUACAUAAACGACCUAUCGAAGCUGUAGAGUCAUUGGCUGCUUCCAAUUCUACCAAUUCUGCGAUGAGGAAGUUGUCUUCUCUGGGUUCAAGCGUCAUCGUGUUGCAGACGGCUCUUGUCAUCUUGGUCAGCCGGUUGACUGGAGAUGAAGAUAUCAGCAUUGGUACCAAUGCUCAACUGAAUGCUCAACCAUUCGUUCUAAGGACCUCGAUAUCAGCUUCUGAGACGUUUUCACAAUUGUAUAAAAGAAUACAAGAUUUAACAUCACAAGCUUCGGAGAGGGUAGUACCUCUCAAUGCUAUUCAGAGUCAACUGCAGACUGCGGCACCUUUGUUCAAAUUCGCUGCUUUCAAUACGAGCGAUGCCGAAACGACUCUCGCUAGUAUCGAAACAACUGACUUUUUGCUAACCUACAGCCUGUCUUCAUCUACCGAGCUCCGCUUAACAGCACGCUACAACCAGCGCCUGGUUUCAAGUGCAAGAAUCUCAGGUAUCCUAGCUCAGAUUGUGCAAUUGCUAGAGAAUAUUGUCGCAGCUGGCAUUGACUCUCCGGUCGGUGGCAUCGUCUUUACGACUCAUGAAGAGGGAAAGCGUCUUCCUAACCCUACGAGUGAUUUAGAAUGGUCCAAUUUCCGAGGAGCUAUUCAUGACAUUUUUUCAGCGAAUGCAGAAUCUCACCCCGAUAGAACAUGUGUGGUCGAGACAAAAUCUGAGGAUGGUCCACAGAGAACCUUUACUUACCGGCAAAUCCACGAAUCUUCCAAUAUUCUAGCCCAUCACUUGGUUCAAUCCGGUUUGAAGAAAGGGGAUGUGGUCAUGAUUUACUCAUACCGAGGUGUGGAUCUCGUUGUCGCAGUUAUGGGUACUCUCAAAGCAGGUGGUACGUUUUCGGUGUUGGAUCCUGCUUAUCCACCCGAUCGACAGAACAUCUAUCUCGAUGUAUCAAGACCCCGAGCUCUUGUCAUAAUCGAAAAAGCUACCCAGGAUGCCGGGGAGUUGUCUGACAAAGUUCGUGGGUUUAUCAAGGAGAAUUUAAAUCUCAGGACAGAGGUUCCAGCACUUCGCCUUCAUGAUGAUGGCUUAUUGCAAGGUGGUAAUGUGAAGGGCAAAGAUAUAUUUGAAUCCGCCCGGGAAUUUAAAGCCAAAAGCCCUGGAAUUGUGGUAGGGCCUGACUCUACGCCGACAUUGUCUUUCACAUCUGGAUCCGAAGGGAAGCCUAAGGGUGUCAAGGGACGCCACUAUUCGCUCGCAUUUUAUUUCGAUUGGAUGGCUAAGACAUUCAACCUAUCAGAGAAGGAUAAAUUCACGAUGCUUAGUGGCAUUGCUCAUGACCCCAUUCAACGGGAUAUGUUCACACCUUUGUUUCUCGGUGCGCAACUACUGGUUCCCUCUAAAAAUGACAUUCAGAAUGAACGAUUAGCUGAAUGGAUGCAUGAACACGGAGCCACAGUCACUCAUUUGACUCCUGCCAUGGGACAAAUCUUGGUGGGUGGGGCUGUUGCUCAUUUUGACAAGCUACAUCAUGCUUUCUUCGUGGGCGAUAUUUUGAUCAAGCGAGAUUGCAGAUCGUUACAGAACUUAGCCUCAAAUGUGAGAAUCGUCAACAUGUAUGGCACCACAGAGACCCAGAGAGCUGUCAGCUAUUAUGAGCUUCCCAGCCGGACCGAAAGAGAAGGUUUCUUGGAUGGCAUGAAGGAUGUUAUUCCAGCGGGCCGUGGUAUGUACAAUGUACAGAUGCUCGUUGUCAAUCGAUUCGACCGCACUAAGCUCUGUGCUGUCGGCGAGAUUGGUGAAAUCUACGUCAGAGCGUCAGGUCUUGCCGAAGAGUAUUUGGGCACGCCGGAAUUGACCAAAUCCAAGUUUGUUUCUAAUUGGUUUCCCGGUCACGAGCAGGGCUUAGAAGCAGAUAAAGCUCGAUUUGAAAAGAAAUUCAAGAAUGAACCAUGGGCACGAGACUAUCUUGGUCCCCGAGAUAGGCUUUACCGUAGUGGGGAUCUUGGACGCUACACACCUACUGGUGACGUGGAAUGUUCAGGCAGAGCGGAUGAUCAAGUCAAAAUUCGAGGGUUUCGGAUCGAACUUGGAGAAAUCGAUACUCAUUUGUCUCAACAUCCUUUGGUACGCGAAAAUGUCACUCUCGUGCGAAGAGACAAAUUCGAAGAACAGACCUUGGUUAGCUAUGUGGUUCCACAACUCAAAUCUUGGACUUCGUUUCUGGCCCAGAAAGGCAAGGUUGAUCAGCAAGAUGAUGGGUCUCUCGCAGAGCGAUUUGACCGUUUCAGGCUACUUCAACAGGCUGUGCAAGAGUAUCUCCGGACCAAACUCCCUGCAUAUGCUGUUCCCUCCGUCAUUGUGCCAAUGAAAGCAAUGCCUUUGAACCCGAAUGGAAAGAUCGAUAAGCCCAAACUACCUUUCCCGGAUGUUACUGCCAGUCGACGCCGAAGGUCGACGAUGCAGCAGCAACUUACAGAAAGUGAACGUGCCCUUGCGAGUAUUUGGGCAAAAUUGGUUCCGGAUUUGAUGGCGAAUACGAUCAAACCGACCGAGUCUUUCUUUGAGAUUGGCGGUGAAAGUAUGAAGGCGCAACAAUUAGCUUACCAGGUGCGAAGAACGCUCGGUGUCGAUCUUGCUAUCAGCAAAAUCUAUAAUCGGCCGACGUUGAAGGAUAUGGCUGCAUUUAUCGAUCAUGUCAGGGCGGCAGACUCUCUCGAAGGCAGAGAACAAGACGAAGGAAGCACCAAUGGAGUUCAGGUGGAAGAUGAGUAUGGAGCAGACGCCUUGAAGAUGGUUGAAACUCUACCAGAGGCUUUCCCUGUCGCUGCAUCGGAUUCUUUAAGGAGUCCGGUAGUCUUCUUGACUGGGGCAACUGGCUUCCUGGGAUCUUUCAUCCUUAAGGAUCUUCUUGAUCGUAAAUCACCGGAGAUCAAGAAAGUCAUUGUUCUUGUUAGAGCCAAAGACGAGAGCACAGCUAUGUCAAGAAUCAAGGUGACAUGCCAAGCAUACGGUGUGUGGUCCGAUUCAUGGUCAUCACGAAUUCAAUGUGUAGCAGGAAGUCUCGGACCAACCAAAUUUGGGCUUUCUGCUGAUAUUUGGAAACAGCUUGUCGACGAAACAGAUGUUGUAAUCCACAAUGGAGCGCAAGUCCACUGGAUCAACACAUAUAAGACUCUCAAAGCACCGAAUGUUUUGGGCACAGUCGAGGCGUUGAAGCUGUGUGCUGAAGGCAACCCGAAAUUCUUCGCCUUCGUUUCAUCUACAAGCGUUCUUGAUUCCGACCAUUUCGUUUUUGAAUCCGAACGUAUCGUUGCAGCUGGUGGUGAAGGAAUCAGCGAAGAAGACAAUCUCACUGGCAGCAGUAAGGGACUUGGAACUGGGUAUGGCCAGAGCAAGUGGGUGUCGGAAUAUUUGAGUCGUGAGGCUGGUCGAAGAGGUCUCCGCGGGUGUGUUAUCCGACCAGGCUACGUUUUGGGUGAUUCCAAAACUGGUGUGACCAACACCGAUGACUUCCUCAUCCGUAUGCUCAAAGGAUGUAUUCAGCUAAAAUCCAGACCGAACAUCAACAAUACUGUCAACAUGGUUCCAGUUGAUCAUGUCGCACGAACUGUUGUUGCUUGCGCAUUCCAUCCGCCUUCAGAGCAAGGUGUCCGAGUGGCACAUGUCACCGGCCACCCCAGACUUCGCUUCAACCAAUACUUAGCAGUGCUCCAAACUUACGGAUACGAUUCCAAACUCAAUGAUUACGUCCCUUGGGCCUCGAGUCUCGAACACUACAUUGCGUCCAACUCUGACUUCGCACUGAUGCCACUCUUCACUUUCGUCGCCAACGACCUCCCAUCCAAUACCCGCGCUCCCGAGCUGGACGAUAGCAAUGCCGAAAAGUCUCUUUAUGCAGAUCGCAAAUGGACAGGAGAUGACUUCAGCGCCGGCAGCGGUGUGACGAAGAAUACCGUUGGAUUGUACCUGUCUUAUCUGGUGUCGAUCGGCUUCUUGCCAGCUCCUGAGGCAAGAGCUCAAAACAGUGCCGUCAAGAGCCUCCCCGAGGUUAACGUGUCGACAACGCAGCGAGAUGCUCUACAAAGUGUGGGCGGGAGAGGAGGAUUUGCCUGA